GCGGGAUAAUGCGGCUGCCCAGCCCGCAGGCACCGCCAGCGGGGCGCCCCCGCCGCCAUGUCCCCCCCGGCCUCGGCGGCCGCCGCCAGCGAGGGAGGCAGCAGCACGCCGGUGCCUCCGGAGGAGGAGGCGGAGGGGGCCCGAGAGGAGCAGCGGCCAGUGAAGCAGUCUCUCAGCAAGUCUCUGUGCCGAGAGUCCCACUGGAAAUGCCUGCUGCUGUCCCUCCUCAUGUACGGCUGCAUGGGAGCCAUGACAUGGUGUCAUGUCACCAAGGUGACCCGGCUGACCUUUGACAGCGCUUACAAAGGCAAGUCCAUGAUGUACCAUGACAGCCCCUGUUCCAACGGCUACGUCUACAUCCCCUUGGCUUUCCUGGUGAUGCUCUACGUGGUGUACCUGGUGGAGUGCUGGCACUGCUACACCCGCAACGAGCUGCAAUACAAAGUAGACGUGGAGAGUGUGCACGAGCGUGUGCAGCGGAUGCAGCAGGCGACUCCCUGCAUCUGGUGGAAGGCCAUCAGCUACCACUAUGUCCGCAGGACCCGGCAGGUUACCCGCUACCGCAACGGGGAUGCCUACACCACCACCCAAGUGUAUCAUGAGCGGGUCAACACCCACGUGGCAGAGGCUGAAUUUGAUUAUUCCAAUUGUGGAGUUAAGGAUAUCUCCAAGGACCUCAUUGACCUGGAGAGCUACCCUGCCACGCGGCUCCGCUUCACCAAGUGUUUCAGCUUUGCCAAUGUGGAGUCAGAGAACUCCUAUCUGACCCAGCGGGCCCGCUUCUUCACGGAGAAUGAGGGCCUAGAUGACUACAUGGAGGCCAGGGAGGGGAUGCACCUCAAAAAUGUGGACUUCAAGGAAUACAUGGUGGCCUUUUCCGACCCAGACAACCUGCCUUGGUAUGUAUCUCACUAUGUCUUCUGGGUGGCAGCUCUGCUGACCCUGUCCUGGCCCCUGAGGGUGCUAAAUGAGUACCGCACCUCCUAUGUCCAUUACCACGUGGAGAAACUCUUUGGGUUCGACUACGUGGCAGUGACACCGGCCGAGGAGCGCACCUUCUGCCGGAGGAUGCCCCGCGUCAACACAGUGGAUAGCACUGAGCUGGAGUGGCACAUACGAUCCAACCAGCAGCUGGUGCCCAGCUAUUCAGAAGCGGUCCUGAUGGACUUGGUGGGGCUCUCCGGCUGCACCAGCUACUCUGCUUGCCGGUAUGGGGGCUACCGGCAGAACUGCGAGCGAUGCCACAGGACUAUAAGCAGCUCCUCCAUCUUCUCCCGCAGUGCUCUGAGCAUCUGCAAUGGCAGUCCCAGGAUUCCCUUCAGCAGCAGCCGCUUUUCUCUGGGCCGCCUGUAUGGCUCACGACGCAGCUGCCUCUGGCAGAGCCGGAGUGGGAGCCUGAACGAGCAGAGCUGCCCCACUGAGCAGACACGCCUCUCCAGCCAGGUGACUGUGGAGGAGGAAGACCCCCCUCCUUACCAGGAUGCCCUCUACUUCCCCGUUCUCAUUGUACACCGCAACGAAGGCUGCCUGAACCACGACCACCGUCACCUCCAUCGCAACGGGUCCUGUGUGGAGACCUCACUGUGAAAGCAGAGGGCGGUGAGAUCUCAUUGUCUGUUGCCUGGCCCAAGCCAGCACAGGAUUUGGGGAGAGGAGCACAGGGGGGACAGCCUAAGAGGACAUCAGGAUGGAGUGGACAUGGCAUCUUGCUCCAUCAGCCAGCGAAAGCUCCCCACAGUGUGGCUCUGACCUCCCAGAGGGGUGGGUGCUGAUGCUCCCCUGACAUGGCACAGAACUCUAGGACCAACCACCACAUGCAAAAAAAGAAUAAAUAAUUCAACCAAACCAACCCCAAAACCGUAAUUCAUGGCAUCAAGA